GUUGGUGGAUAUUAAAGGUGAUAUGCGUACGUAAAAAAAAAUAUGAAAGAACUCUCUGGCUAAGAUCUUGAAAUCGAAUCCAAAGAAAGUUGAAUGAUGGAUGCGAUUGAUUUUGAGGCGAUGCUGAAUGGGGCAGAGGCACCUGUAACUGCGGAGUGUUGCAUCUACAGAGUGCCCUUUCCUAUUCGCAAACACAAAGAAGAUGCUUACACUCCAAAUGUUGUUUCUAUCGGCCCUUUUCACCACAAUCGCCAUCCUCGUCUCCUUAACAUGGAAAGACACAAACUCAGUUAUUGCAAGUCCUUUCUUCAACGAACCAACACAACUUGGGAUUGCUGGAUACGCUACAUAGAAGGUUUGGAGUCCCAUGUUCGCCGCUGUUAUUCAGACACCCUUGAAUUCAGUAAAGAGGAACUGGUGAAGAUCAUAUUUGUGGAUUCCAGUUUUAUACUUGAGCUCUUUUGCAUAUACCAUGCUAAAGUAUGGUCAAGCGAGGACGUGUGUCUUUCAAAACCAUGGUUGGACUCUAUGAUAAGAUUAGAUUUGUUGUUACUUGAGAACCAGCUUCCUUUUUCUAUUCUUCAGGCUCUGUUUAAUAAGUUCUUCAUCGACAGGUCUAAUAUCCCUUCAUUUCUUAAGCUUUCGUUUGAAUAUUUUGGAUAUUAUAAUAGAUCCAGAUUGAGUUUUCAUAAUAUAAGCAUAAAGCCCUUUACCGAUCUCGUAAUAACUUUUUACCUGCAACAUCCUCCUGAAACACGACCACUUAGGCAUAGUAAUGAAUUCGUGACACAACUUCCUAGUCUUACUGAGUUGUCGAAAGCAGGAGUGCAGAUUAAGGUAAAGAGUGACAGUACUAGUACGUGCUUACUAGGCUUGAUAUUUUCAAAAGGAGUUCUUGAAAUUCCGAAAUUGGUAGUACAUGAUUGGACUGAAAUUUUGUUUAGGAAUAUGAUAGCUUUGGAGCAAUGUCACUAUCCGGAUGAAGCCUACAUUACUGAUUAUGCUGACAUUAUGGACUUCCUUAUAAACACGAGAGAAGAUGUGGAUAAACUGGUUCAAAAGAAAAUAUUAAUUAACUGGCUAGAGGAUGCUGAUUCUGUGGCUAACAUGUUUAAUGGUCUUUGCAAAAAUGUUACGCUAUCAAGCAGAAAUUCUAAUUACAAUCAAAUCUUCAAAGAGUUGGAUGAAUUUUAUAGAAACCCUUGUAAUACUUUGAAGUCGACUCUGAAGCGUGAUUAUUGUAAAACUCCUUGGCAAGCUGCAGUUUCAUUUGCUGGAAUUGUUCUCCUUGUUUUGGCUUUGGUUCAAACAGUUUUUUCUAUCUUGCAAGUAAUGCACCAAUAGAAUGUCUCCCCGCCCAGAAAGACCUGGAGCUGAAUAGGUAUUGGAUUACUAGCUGAGCCGUGCGGAGCUUCUUUUCAAGCUUCUUCUUCUCCUUUCUCUUCCAAGAGCUCGGAAUCGUCUCACCGAGGUAAGGGAAGCUAGGUUUUUGCUGGAUUGUGUGGAAAUGAGUUUAGAAACUCAUGAGGGGUUUGAUGUUGGAUGGUUGUUGGCUGAGAUUGAAGAAAUUUCAUUUUCGGAGUUUCGGGACUUUGGGUGAAAAUUUGGGAUUUUCAUGUUUUGAUGGUUGCAUGUUUGUAAAGCUGUGGUUUUUGAGUUUUUUGAUGUAAAUGUAGUUUAUUUGAUAGAUUGCAUGUGUUUGAGUUGGCUAAUUUUACAGGUUUUGGGUGAAAUUUUCGAAGUAGUGAGGGUUACUGUUUGAAAUUGCGCCGAGCGCAGUUCUUCGCGCCGGGCGUGAUUUGAAAUGGGAAAUCCCUGGGUGAAUCACAUCGGGCGUGGGGAGAACCACGCCGGGCGCACUAUCAAACGUAAAUCUUAUGUUUUUGUUACUGAUAUUGCACCGGGCUCAGGUUAAUUGCGCCGAGCGCAAAAGGCCUCUGUAGGUCUCUGGUUGAGAUUUGCGUUGGGCGUGAUUUUAAUGCGCCGGGCGUGCGUUUUCUUUCAGAAUUUGACUUUAUAGUCUUCAUGAAAGUUGUAUCAUUGGAUGUUAGCUUUCCAAUGGCGCUGGAAUCAUCCAAAAAGGAGG